AUGUGGAGCCAAGAAGGAGAGCGGGAUCGUGGGUUUGACGGGCGGAUCGAAGGCAAGGAUGCGCACGUACGGAUUUCUUAUGUGGGUUUGGCCAGGUGGUGGGCGGAUGGGUUGUGGAUUUCCUGCUUGCAUCCAUCCAUGUGGAUUUUUGCUCUCUUCUUGGUGGAGUUGGGCGAACUAGUUGUUCAUGAGGCUGCUUUAAUUUUUCCUUUUGCUGACUUAUCCUCUACUUGUUGGCUUCUAGGUGCCAUCCCAUUUGUAAUACGGUCACUAUAUGGCGUACCGCGAUGUUGUUCCCCCCAGGUUUCUGUACGUGAUGAAUCACAGUGUAUCAUCUGGGCCGGCGUCUGUUGA